UUCCUCUAGAUUAAUAUUAACAAAUAAAAUUAGGUAUCAAUUAACAAGCAUGCCAAUCAAUAAACUGCCAAGACAAGAAGAAAGCAAGUCUUUUAUUGAUGAGUCGAGCUUGCUUGGUCGAGAUGAUGUCAAGAAUGAAAUAAUCAGCCAUUUGUUGUAUGAGACUAGCAAAGAAAGAGAGGAUAGCCCAAUCCAAACCAUCUCUGUAGUAGGGAUUGGAGGUAUUGGUAAGACUGCUCUCGCCCAACUGGUCUACAAUGAUGAAAAUGUUAAACAACAUUUUACUUGUAGAGUCUGGACUUGUGUUUCAGACAUUUUUGAUGAGAGCAAAGUUGCAAAAUCAAUAAUUGUGGGGCUUCAAGGCCUAGAUAAACUAGCAAUCCUCCAGUUGGAGUCAGUUCCAUUAGAUGCUCUUUUAGAUAAAAUUUGCAAGUCCAUAGAGGGAAAGAAGUACCUUCUUGUUCUAGAUGAUAUAUGGACAGAAAAAGAUAAAGACUUUGAAGGACUGAAUGCUACUUUCAAAUGUGGUGAUCCGGGGAGUAGGAUUUUGGUGACUACACGUAAGAGUACUGUCGCAACAAUUAUGGGAAGUUCACACACCAUUCAAUUAAAUAAUUUGAGCCGAGAGAUAUGUUGGUCUAUCAUUAGGAAUAUAGCACUAAGAGGAAAGGACCAAAGGACUUGUGAGGAGUUCAAGCCUAUUGGGUUGAAAAUUGCAGAAAAGUGCAAAGGUCUGCCGCUUGUUGCAAAGACUUUGGGAGGUCUCUUGCGGUUUAAAACUGGUAUACAAGGGUGGGAGAAUGUUUUGAAUAGUGAGCUGUGGAGAAUGGAAAUGGUACAAAAAGAUGUUUAUGUUCCUUUGUUGUUGAGUUAUUAUGAUUUGCCCUCAUCAGUAAGACAGUGCUUUACGUAUUUAGCUGUUGCUCCUAAAGACAAGCGUUUUUAUGUUUUUGAUUUGAUUUCACACUGGAUGGCACAAGGUUUCUUAGACUUUGAUGAUGAUGAUGAUUCACCGUUGGAACUAAAAGGCUUUGAAUACUUUCAAUGCUUAAAGGCUCACUGUUUCUUCCAAGAUUUUGAGUAUAAACAUGAACACCUUAUCUGUAAGAUACAUGAUUUGGUACAUGACUUUGCUCUCUUUUUGACAGGGGGUGAGUUUAUGACAUUGGAGAUCUCCAAAGGUAAUACAUGUUCAACGAUGAACAAAGAAAGAACUCCUCGACAUUUGACAGUGAUGGUAGAAGAGGGUCUCUAUUGUCCUGAAUUCAUUCCUAAUGCAGAAAAAUUGCGCAGUGUUGUGGCUCGUGGUAAUAAUAUUCGUGAGGAUUGUGCUCCAAUCAGUGAAAAGGCCAUGUGUAAUUUGUUUAAUCAAGCUAGACGCUUAAGGGCAGUGUUUAUGGUUCGAAAUGUUGCUUCAACUCUUCCAGAGGAAAUAGGAAACUUAUUGCAUUUGAGAUACCUUAACUUGGCUCUUAACAGCAAUCUUAAAAAGUUGCCAAAAGCACUCUUCAGAUUACACAAUUUGGAACAUUUAAAUUUGUAUUCCUGUUUUAAUCUUGAGAGAUUGCCUGAUGAGAUAAGAAAUUUAGUGAACUUGAGGUUUCUUUGUACAACAGGAGGUAGAUUUUACCUCCGUUCUCAUUUUUCAAGGGGAACGGGGAUCUCCAUUCCCCACCAAUUAACAUCAAAUAGCUUUGGCAACAGUAGCAAAGCAGAUGGCUUAGGCUGUUCGGCGGCGGCAACAGUAGCAGCAGGCUCCGAUGGCGCAGCAGAUGGCUCCUGCAGCAGCAUCAGAGCAGAUGGCUUUGGCUGUUCAGCGGAAGCAGCAGCAACAGAUGGCUUUGGCUAUUCAACGGCAGCAGCAGCAGCAGAUGGGUCCGGUGGUGGCAACAACAGAUGGGUCUGGUGGUGGCAGCAGCAUAUGGUCCGGCAGCAACAGCAGAUGGCUCUAGUGGCAACAGUAGGCUCUAGUGGCAACAGUAGCAACAGCAGGGAAACUAAAGGUGAGAUGGACGUGAGAGAUAUGUGAAGCUGCAGUUAAAGAAAUUGAGUGAUGGGAAUUAAAAUAAAUUAGGGUUAGGGUUAAAUGUAGGGGAAUGGGUUGGGUUGGGUUGGGAGUUGGGUUGUGUUGGGUUGGAUAGUAUUGGGUUAAAUUUAAUUGUAAUUGGAUUAAAUUUGAGUUUGGGUUUAGAAGGGGUGAUUUGCGGAUUUCAUGUAGUAGAAGGGCUGAUUUGCCAGUGUUUCUUGUACAGGGGCUGAAUUGCCACAACAUUGCAGGUACAGGGGCUGAAUUGCACCUUCUGCCUUUUAUGUUGAGUUAAAGAAGUCUCCUUUCUCAGGUCUUUCAUCAAUAACUCUUCUCUUUCAAU